CCCGGCCUCUGCAGAGCGAGGGGACAGCGCAGGCCCCGGGAGAGCGCGGGGCCAAAAGGCCAAUUUGGGACCUCGCUUCCCCUUUAAGGGUUCCUGAAACUUUCCCGGAGCUAUCAGAAGCGUCUCGUCACAUCCGUUGGCCCUGGCCUCCAGGGCACGUUCCGAGGAAAAGCUGCACUCCAGUUUCCCCGGGAAGAGGCGCUGCCCGGGACCGCGGCGGAGUGCUGGGCGCGCGGGCGGACCCCGGCCCUGCGCCCAGCCUUGACCUUGGGGAGAGCCGGCUCCUGCGGGGCGGCGGGCGCCCGCCAGAGGGGGCAGCGGCUGGGAACUUGCUCAACUUGGCGACGCGGGCUGGGGCGGCUCCUGCGCCUCCGCCUUGCCGGGAGCCUCCUCCCGGGCGCAUCCUUCUCCCCGGCCCAUCCCCCUUCCUCCUCCAGCGCCUGCCGGGCCCCGCAGCCGCGCGCGUCCUCCCAUUCGCUGAGUCCCCGCCGCGGGGAUGGGCGCGCUGCUGCUCCCGCUGCUGGCCCAGUGGCUCCUGCGCGCGGCCCCCGCGCUGGCCCCCGCGCCCUUCACGCUGCCUCUCCAGGUGGCCACGGCAGCGAGCCAUAGGGCUUCGGCCCCUCCGGGGCUCGGGACCCCCGCGAUGCCCGGUGCCGAUGGCCUGGCGCUCGCCCUGGAGCCGGCGGGAGACGCCGCCAACUUCUUGGCUAUGGUGGACAACCUGCAGGGGGACUCUGGCCGCGGCUACUACCUGGAAAUGCUGAUCGGGACCCCGCCGCAGAAGCUACAGAUUCUCGUGGACACCGGAAGCAGCAACUUUGCGGUGGCGGGGGCCCCACAUCCCUACAUAGACUCCUACUUUGAUUCAGAGAGGUCCAGCACGUACCGCCCCAAGGGCUUUGACGUCACCGUGAGGUACACACAGGGAAGCUGGACGGGCUUGGUGGGCGAGGACGUCGUCAGCAUCCCCAAGGGCUUCAACAGCUCUUUCCUUCUCAACAUUGCCACUAUUUUUGAGUCGGAGAAUUUCUUUCUGCCUGGGAUUAAGUGGAAUGGAAUCCUGGGACUUGCUUAUGCCGCGUUGGCCAAGCCCUCAAGCUCUCUGGAGACCUUCUUUGAUUCCCUCGUGGCCCAGGCAAAGAUUCCGGAUGUCUUCUCCAUGCAGAUGUGUGGGGCUGGAUUACCAGUAGCCGGAUCUGGUACCAACGGAGGUAGUCUUGUCCUGGGUGGAAUCGAACCAACUUUGUAUAGAGGAGACAUCUGGUAUACGCCGAUUAAGGAGGAGUGGUACUAUCAGAUAGAGAUCCUGAAACUGGAAAUCGGAGGCCAGAGCCUUAACCUGGACUGCAGAGAGUACAACGCAGACAAAGCCAUCGUGGACAGUGGCACCACGCUGCUACGCCUGCCCCAGAAGGUGUUCAACGCAGUGGUGGAGGCUGUGGCCCGCGCGUCUCUGAUUCCAGAGUUCUCUGCUGGCUUCUGGACGGGGGCCCAGCUGGCGUGCUGGACGAAUUCUGAAACACCUUGGUCCUACUUUCCUAAGAUCUCCAUCUACCUGAGAGCCGAGAACUCCAGCCGCUCCUUCCGGAUCACCAUCCUGCCACAGCUCUAUAUUCAGCCUAUGAUGGGAGCCGGCCUCAACUAUGAAUGCUACCGAUUUGGUAUCUCGUCUUCCACGAAUGCGCUGGUGAUUGGUGCCACCGUGAUGGAAGGCUUCUACGUGGUCUUUGACAGAGCUCGGAAGAGGGUGGGCUUUGCGGAGAGUCCUUGUGCAGAGAUUGCAGGUGUUGCCGUGUCUGAAAUCUCAGGGCCCUUCUCCACAGAAGAUAUAGCCAGCAACUGCGUCCCGGCGCAGGCUCUGAACGAGCCCAUCUUGUGGAUCGUGUCCUACUCCCUGAUGAGCGUGUGCGGAGCCGUCCUCCUGGUCCUCAUCCUCCUCCUGCUGUUCCCCCUGCGUUGUCAGCACACAGCCCGGGACCCUGAGGUUGUUAACGAUGAAUCCUCACUGGUCAGGCACCGCUGGAAAUGAAGAACUUUGUCUGGACUCCAUUGACCUGGAACUCAACUCUUCCCAGAGGGAUGCCUCUGGGCCACAGGCCUGGGAUGCUGGCCUGGGAUGUGGGUCAGGCUCCUCUGUCCGUUAGCCGAGAUUCCCGAGGCCUUCUCCAGUCACUAUAACUUGAUUAUUCUUGAUUUUGAAGCUUCCAGAUCUUCUUUUCUACUACAAGGGAGAUGGUAAUAAAAAACACCUCAUUCUGAACCAAA